CCGAACAGGACCUAGAAUAGGCUAGCUUUUUUUUUCCCUCCCUCCCUCUCUUUUCUCUUUUCCCUCCUCUGUUUUUCGGUCUCUCAUUUAAAGAGAGACAAGAACCCCACAUUUGACAAGUACAAAAUAUACUACCAACCACUACUACAACCAUGGCAUCCGCAAGCAGCUCUGCACAGGCCGCCUUCGGGCUGGGCCGGAGGAAGAAGAGCCCCGGCCUCCUGGAUCAGAUUGGGAAGUUCUUUGGAGGGGACAAGAAGAGGAAGAGCAAGGGAUCUUUCCGAGGUGCUCUCUCUCCAGGCCCUCAGAAAGCCUCUGCAACUUCCCCACGGAAGCGCGGAGCUGAGAACGCUGUGGUCCAUUUCUUCCGCACGAUCGUGUCCCCCAACCCUCCCAAGUCUAGGUGGAGAGGACUAGCAGCCAAGAUAGGCCUGGGCGACCAGAAGUCACAGUCUGCUAAAGCCAAGAAGGCCAGUGCAGGGGACGGCAAAGGCACCCUGACUAGGAUCUUCAAAAUGUGAUGAUAUCAGCAGCAGAGGAAGCAGGAGUGCUUCUCCAGCCAAACGCUGAAGUCCCUCUCAUCAACCCCUUCCAACAGCACGAGGGCAGACGUUCAACAUCGCGGGACUAAAGUGGGGAAAAAGAGGAAGAAAAGGAGGAAAUCUUGUCACCCCCUAACUUCACCCUCCCCCUCCACCUCUGAUAACACUCUUAACAUACGCUAAAUCCUUCAUUACCUCCCCAUCCCUUUGGCUGGUAGAUAGCGACACAAUCUGUUUCCCCCCCCUCCCCUGCAUGCGUUGUGCUGAGUCUGUGCAGUCGUCAUCAUUAGCAUGAACUUUUUGCUGAAGUUGAUCCCGAAGCCGCUCACAUGUGCAGCCCGAAUGACCCCCCUGACCUCCCCCCGCAAUGGCUCUCUCUACUUGUGCUUGAGUUUUCUGUGGACGUCUUGAACGGUUCCUCUAACAAAAUAGGUGGCUAAACCGAAGCACACCUGGAGCAGUUGAAGGAUUACGGCCGGUGCAAGUCCGACUGACUUGACCGUCAUUGCCGCUUGCCGAUUGUGUGAAAAUGCCGGGGUGUUUCUGUUUUUUUUAAAAAGAGCGGUUUUCUGUCUCGUCACACUGUCUUUGUCGUUCCCACAAACCUUUUCUGUGAACCCAAACAUAAACCCGUGUUUAACAGAUUUCACAUUCUUACGAGAGCCAUUUGGUCACAGUGUGUCUUCAUUCAACCUUUGUGUCUUAGCUGUAGUUAAGUGUCCUGUCGUAAAUGUUAUGUCGAUCUAUGUUUGUCAUUAGGGCCUGAUUAAGGCUGGCUGUGGUUUUUGCGGUAAAAAAAAUUUAAUUUCUAAACCUUCUAAAUCACAUUUUCUGCAAUAGUCACUGAAAAAAAAUACACAAAUAAAUUUCUAACGUAUCAUUUCUUUCUCAGUCCCUGAGAUAAUGGUAUACACUAAUAAUGAUGCCAGAUUCAGACCUUUCCUCUUCGCUUUAGUGUAGUCUCUCCUUUGUCUUCGCUGUUUCUAUCUCACGCACGGCACACAUACUGUAAAUUAAAUUCACAAAAUGCCUCGCUCAACAAGCAAGUGCCUUUCCUCCCGACUACCAAAACAACAUGCUGUGUUGCCUUUCUUGUGGAUAAUUUAAAAAAACACACAAACACAAUUUCAAAAAAGGUGCUCUGUAACUAACUUUAGUGACACAUUAUAAAGUGUUUCUUGGGAAUGUGUAAGUUGCAAGUUUUCUGAAAAAAAAAAAAAUUAAAAUAAGCUCAGCACUUCCACUUGUGCUGUUCAAAACAUCCAUCUUCCACAUGUGUUUAAAAAGCAUGCGUGUGUGAUCUCUAUAGCGUUCAUCUCUCCCACUGUUUGCGUGUGCUUGAGCCUCGUGAGUGCUGUGUAGUGUUUUUUUCUGAAUGGACCCUGUGGAUGAAUGUAAAGAUCCUCUUCAUUAUUGUAUGUGUAAUAAAACAUGACCCAGCCACUUAACUGAGAAUAAAAAAUAAAAAUUAUAAAACUA